AUGCGCCUCGAGGGAAACGACAACGGACCGCGGUUCCUGGUUCUGGAACGGCAGAAUGGAGACAAGUCGAUGGACAAAGUAAGUCCAUUCUUUAUCAAAAAAGCAAUGGACGCGAUAACCUUGAACAUAGAAAUCAGCAGAAUACAAAAUGGCUGCCUAUUGUUGAAGACUGUCGAUCGACAACAAGCGAAUAAGUUGCUAAAACAAACUCGGCUUGGAGAAUCGAUGCAGAUCGAGAUCACAGAGCAUCCAACACUUAAUCUCACAUACGGAACGAUCUACUGUUGGGACAUGACCCGGCUUACGGAUGAAGCAUUCCAGAAGGAGCUAAAGGACGCACACGUAGUAAAGGUUGAAAGAAUUAACAAGUUCAAGGACAUGAAAGAGACGCCCACUGGAAAAUUCAUCUUGACUUUCGAUCUAGGAUAUCUACCAAAUGCUAUUGAUGUAGGAUUUUAUAGAUGCAGAGUUGAAUUAUAUGUACCCAACCCACUCAGGUGUAAAGACUGCCUGCGAUUUGGACACACGAAAAAGCAUUGUAGAAAUCGCAAUCGUAUGUGUGCCAGAUGUGGAGAACUUUUCCAUGGUAACAACUGUUCAUUCCCGGAGAAGUGUGUCAAUUGCGGAAAAUCCCACUCAGCUUUUGACCGUUCUUGUGAGUUAUACAUGGACGAAAAAGAAAUCCAACGCAUUCGUGUUACAGAACGAAUCUCAAUUAAGGAAACGCGUAAAAGGAGAAGACAACAAGUCCCUCAAGCACCGGUUUACACGAGAAGUUACGCUCAAGUCACACGAACAUCGGAUAAUCGGAACGGAAGCCCUUCACAAUCAUCAUCACAGCCGCAGAGCAUCGAAAUGAAUCGCCAUCAAGAUUACCAUCCAUCUGUAUCACCCAGCAGCAACGAUACUAACUCACUGACAACAGAACUCAGCGACAAUUCAGCAAAUACGACUACGACAACAACAACGACAAUGACAAUGAGAUAA